AUGGCGGUCGUUAACGGUAUUGUUGAUGAUGAUGGUGAUGACGACAAUGAUAUUAAUAAAUUCCAGUGGAAUUAUUUGGCCAUUCUUGCUACUGUCUUUGUUUUCGUUUACAUGGUUCGUCUCAUAUUAUAA